GGGCGGACAAGUCCGCGAAGCAGAGACGGAAGAAGCAGCAGAUAGACGGGAGACAGGACGCCGUGAGCAGCGCUCACUAGAAGCGGCGAGGGUUUAUGAGUCGAAGGCGUCUCGACAAGCUGCCAGGUUUAUCACUACCGUCGCCCCCGUGUAGUUCAUGCCGACCCGUCUGCACUUGAUAAGCGUCCUAGAAACACAAAACUACAUCAACAAGAAACAGAAAGAGACACAGAGAGACACAGAGAAAGACACAGAGACAGAGAAAGAAGGACUUCAAGGCUGGUGGCGAUGCCAGGACGAGAUGUCCGACUAUUGUAGCUGCGAUCCAGCGCCAGACAGCGCCAUCUUCACGAAAGAAGGAACCCAGCCGUUGGUCACGUGCAGAGUUCAAAGGUCUUUGACAGCGCAAACGAUCCAACAGAGAGUGACAGCAACUCGAUGGGAGAUAACCAGCAGCCCGAUGAAACUACGACUUCAAAUGGUUCGCAGGACAACUCAUGGCUCGCAGGGGAGCCAACUCUCCUGCUGCAGCCAGCAACGCGUCAGUCGUACUGGUCAUCGUCUGAUGGCUGUCAGAUUGUCUUCUGUGAAGGUCUUUGUAAAAGGAACAAAGUUCGGACCUGCUGGCGGUAUACGUCCCACACAUUAUUUCUCUCAAACAAUCUGCGGAUAUAAGACAGUAAUAAAUAACACCAACAACGAAAGUCUCAACGAUGACAAUACUGUCUUAUCUUGUAAGGAGCACUUGCUUGGUUUUGUAACGGAGCGCACUUUCCCCGGUUAUAACUGCCCUUUGUGAUGAAUAAAGUUAGUAAUUUGUCAUAGAACAAUAGAAAGAAUAGUAAGAAGAAGAACAAGAGAUUUACUAAUGCCGGAAUGUCGUGAAGAUUGUGGAGAGAAUGCCAGCUUUAUUCUCUGAGACCUCAGGCCUGCAAGGCGAGGGCUGUGAGAGUCAGAACUGGUGAGCGGUUACCUGAACUAAUGCUUUUAAUGACAUCUCCGUCCUCGACACUUGCUGACACACGUGCAGCAGCAGGUGCAGCAGAGGUCUGGGGUUUGAGCGUGCGCCGGUCACAUCCAGUUAUGAAUGAACCGUGUUGCAGCGCCCUCUGUGUGGAGCGAGACACAUACCUGAUGAAGAGGGGCACUCAGGAACUCUACAACUCGGCAGAGAGAAGUUGUUUGGUAAAGUCUUUGCUCGCAAACGGCUGUCACUGCUCACCAUAUGUCUUUACAUGUAAAUAUAUAUUUUUUUUGUUCCCUUGUUGAAGACGGCGUAUCUUCUCGUCACAAUUUCCUAUCAUUUACCACAUUGCAGCGAGAGAAUUUCGCUUGUCUUAGUCGAGGUCACCUGUGUUAAGGUUAGCUCGCACGAAAAAACUAAAAAUAAAAAACCAGAGUUUUCAAAAACGCGCGAAAAACAGUUUUUCGCAGGUUUUUUUUUUUCUGUUUGCGAUACUAUUUGGACGAACUUUUUUCCCAGCUGAUCUACACGACAUCUUUUC